CCUUGUCCUCCGGGGUCCGAGCGCAUCCAGGAGAAUCGCAAGAUUAUUUUUCAUCUUCCGUCAUGGCCAGGGAAAUUGUUGCCACAAACUUGGACCUCCACACUGGAGUCUGCAUAAAACUUCUGGGAGAUAUUCCACCUGCUGCCGAGCACUUUAGAGUGGACCUGGGCAAGGACUAUCUUAACAUUGGCUUGCACUUCAAUGCACGAUUCUGCCAUCUUAAUGAGAACAAAACCAUCAUCUGUAACUCCAUUAAGGGAGGAGUGUUGGGCAAUGAACGAAGAGUGAAGCGCUUCCCCUUUGUGCCAGGGAACAGAGUGGAGAUUUGCAUCACCUUUGAAGGGAAGAACUUUAAGGUGAAGCUGCCUGAUGGUUAUGAGUUAACUUUUCCUAAUCAUCUUAACUUAGAAACAAUCAACUUCCUGUCAACCAGUGGUGACUUCAAGCUCAGAACAAUGAACAUCAACUGAGCUCCUGAAUCAAGCUGGCUUCAGACCGUUCUUGACUCCUGGAAAUUUUGUAUUGCAAAUAAAUGUGUGGGGCAGCUAGAUGGCGCAGUGCUA